AAACAGAGCCUAUGCUGAUCUUUUCUCUCAGGAUCUUUAUUAGUAAGCACAAGCAUUGAAACAUGUAAAGAAUUAGAUAUCAUCCAUAUAUGAUAAACGUUAUCCCCCACUUAUUAGUUGGCGGUGCUCAGUUUUAAAUUUGUGGUAAAAGGUUCAGAUAGAGACUUUAAGGGUUAUUAAUAUCGUGUUAAGUUAGGUCGGGUCAGGUUACGUUAGGUAAGAGAAAUGAGAAUUUUUUCGUACCCUGUAAAUGCAGCUUGAAAUUAAAUCAACUUCACCAUACAAAAUGAAUGCAUUAAAUCUUACAAUCGGUCAAGCAAACUCAUUUUUCCAUGAACACUUCGUACAUGCCAAAUAGCUCCAUGGCCAAAGAAAGGUCCAAGGUUGGGUGAUUUAUUUCUACGGAUACAUUGUGAAAUGUCAACAAACACGUGUUUAUGUUUUGAAUCCAAAUCUCGAGCCGAAGAAGUUUCAUAAAGCUCGGAUUGAAUAUGGGCAGUUCAGAGAUGCGAUUUGUGUUGCCUGGCAUGCGGAUUUGUGCUCAGGAAGACCAUUAUCAAUCCGGAUGUGGCACUUACGUCCUCCAUGGCUAUGUCUACGCCUCGCUGGCCGGGGUCUUGCAAAUCCAACCCGUGAUGAAAGGCCCCAUCUCGGAGAAUCCCAGCCAGACUUCCACUCAAGAUCUGGUCAGUGUUGAAGUCCACUCCCCUGGAGAACAGACCGUGAUUCCGGCCGUUGGCGACGUAGUCACGGCCAAAGUCAUGUCCGUAAACCCGAGAUUCGCCAAACUUAGCAUUUUGUGCGUUCGCGAAUCAGUGUUGGUUCAACCGUUCCGCGGUCUCGUCCGGAAAGAGGAUGUUCGUGCCACCGAGAAAGAUCGCGUGGAAAUGUACAAAUCAUUUCGUCCCGGAGACGUCAUUUUAGCCCGAGUUUUAAGUCUCGGGGAGGCCAGUUCUGGUUAUUUGCUCACCACGGCCGAAAAUGAGCUCGGCGUGGUAAUUGCACGCUCGGAAACGGCCGGAGUUAAAAUGGUGCCCGUCUCUUGGGUCGAGAUGCAAUGCCCUAAAACCUACAACAAAGAGUUCCGGAAGAUUGCCAAAGUGAUUCCCGAGAACCUAGCCGAUAUGGCCGUCGAUGUGAAAGUUUUGAAUACAUAAAUCAUGUACUGUUGG